AUGAACAUAAUUGAAAGUCGCAUUCUUUCCCCGGUCGACUCCUUGACACCCGGAUCUCCAGACUUACACGGGCACGAUCCUCAUCGCCGUCAACCCUUACAAGAAAUUGAGCAUCUAUUCUCAGGUGAGACUCCCGUUCCCGAAGGGAAGAUCCAAACAAACGGCAUCGAUCAAGUGUUUCGCUACCGCGGGGAGAAGAUCGGUCACCUGGAGCCGCACGUGUUCGCGAUCGCGGAGGCGUCCUACCGGGCCCUGCAGGGAGACGGCGGGACCGGGAACCAGAGCUGCGUGAUCAGCGGGGAGAGCGGGGCGGGGAAGACGGAGAGCACCAAGUUCAUCCUGCAGUAUCUCUGCUCCGUGACCUCCAAUGUGUCCACGUGGGUGGAGCAGCAGAUCCUGGAGGCGAAUACCAUACUGGAGGCCUUUGGGAACGCGAAGACGGUUCGGAACGACAAUUCGAGCCGAUUCGGGAAGUUCAUGCAGGUGUGCUUCGACAACCGGUGGAUGAUCCGCGGAUGCAUCGUCCAGGAUUAUCUCCUCGAGCAAUCCCGGAUCACCUUUCAAUCCCAGGAAGAAAGAAACUAUCACGUCUUCUAUCAACUCGUCGCCGGCGCCCAAUGGGAGCAUGGGGCAUUUGGGACGGGCGGAGCUUUCGCCUCGCUUGCGGUCGGGAACGUAGCCUUAGGCGAUUCCAUCGUGAUGGGGCAGGUGCAGGAUGGAUUCGUGCGUCGCUUGGGACAAGUUGUCCCAUUGACUCGUGCCGAUACGCCUGCUGACAAGAGCAAGGAGCUCCGGGAGCAGUUCCACCUCCGCCCGGCCAGCGAGUACCAGUACUUGUCGCAGAGCGGGUGCAUCCGGAUCGACGGGGUGUCGGACCAGGAGCGGUUCGACGCGCUGCGACUCGCCUUCGACGUCCUGCACGUUCCGUCGGCCAUGUGCGACGGGAUCUACGGCGUCCUGUCGGCCAUCCUCUGGCUCGGGAAUCUCAGCUUCCAGGACAUCGACGGAGAGAAGUGCGAGCUCGGGACGGGAGACUCUUCGGUGCUGGGCCACGUGUCGGAGCUGCUGGGUCUGGACCUGGAGGAGCUGACCCAGGCAUGCCUCAAGCGGCAGAUCCACGUCCGGGGGACCGUCACCGAGAUCCCGCUCAAGCUCCCAGAGGCGAUCGAGAACCGCCACGCGAUGGCGAAAGCGCUCUACUCGCGGACGUUCGCCUGGCUCGUGAACCACAUCAACAAGUGCACGAACCCCGGCCAGGAUUCCUCCACGUUCCUCGGGGUCCUCGACAUCUUCGGCUUCGAGAACUUCUCGGCCAACUCCUUCGAGCAGCUGUGCAUCAACUACACCAACGAGAAGCUGCAUCGCUUCUUUAACCAUUACGUCUUCGCCCUGGAGCAAGAAAUCUACAAGAAGGAGGAGAUCGAGUACGCUCACAUCCAGUACUCUGACAAUACGGAGUGCCUGGAGUUGAUCGAGAAGCCGCCAAAGUGCAUCUUGAAGCUCUUGUCGGAGGAAUGUAGAAUGCCCAAGGAGUUCGAAGGCCACAAGCACUACCUGAAGGGCGAGGACCGGCGGAACUGGGAGUCCGAGUUCGGGAUCAGCCACUACGCCGGGAGCGUGACGUACAGGAUCAACGGGUUCGUGGACAAGAACCGGGACGCACAGCAGGAUCUGCUCUUUCAUCUCAUGUCGCGUUCCCGCAACAAGUUCGUUCAGGAUCUCACCAAUUUUCAUGAUCUGCUGGGAUGCACACUGUCCCGAAUGGGAAGCGUGACCGGGACCAUUCGAGCCACGGCGACGACGAAGGGGAAGCCCACGGUCGCCGACACUUUCAGGCAUCAGUUGCAGGCUCUCGUCGAUGUCCUUCAGUCCACCAAUCCAUGGUACGUGAGGUGCAUCAAACCGAACAUGAACAAGGCCGCGGACAACUACGAUUCCGAGUUCGUCUUGGACCAGCUCAAGUACUUGGGAAUGUGCGAAAUCAUUCGGAUCCGGAAGCACGGCUAUCCGAUCCACAUGCCUUUCGCCGAAUUCCUGCAACGAUAUCGCUGUCUCGUGCUCAAGCAGAAAGUGCCAGCUGAUCAACUCGAGGCCAUCAGAUUCAUAAUCAGAGGCUUCACCGUGCCAAAGAUGGAAUGGCAGCUAGGAAAGACCAAGGUGUUCCUCCGCAGCUGCAUCCACGAACCGCUGGAGGAGAAGCGGGCCUCCCUCGUCCACCGGAGCGCCGUCUGCAUCCAGAGGAUCUGGCGCGGCCAUUCCAAGCGGAAAGUGUUCGCGAAGAAGCGAGCGGCGGCCGUUCGGAUCCAGUGUGCGUACCGGAGCAUGAAGCAGCGCAUCCAGUUCCUCCGAAUGCGCCGGGCAGCCGUCACCAUCCAGGCGUUUAUCAGGGGCAUCUUCGCCCGAGAGGUGGCUGACGCCCUCCGAGAGAUGAAAAGGGUGGAGGAGGAAGCGAGGCGGAAAGAGGAAGAAGAAAGACGGAGGCACGAGAGCACAAGGGAGGUGGAAGAGGACACGCUGACGGAGGACACGGAGGAGACGGAGAGCACCAGCGAUCUCACCGACUCCGGCCCUGGGAGUGACAUCCUGGAAGAGCUGGACACCUUGGCGGAGCAGCUGAACUCCAGGAUGGCAGAUCGACAGGAGAAACAGCCCCAGCAGAAUCAGGUCGAUCUGGACAACCUCUUCUCGUUCCUCGGGGACACCCCCACGAAGGCCCGGAAGGAGGCGCCGUCCCUCAACGACAUCGACAAGGAGAUGGAGAGUCUGGUCUCCGACCUGCAGGAAGAGCUGGAGAAUCAAGGAAACAGGGAAGAAGCCUCGGAGAAAGGCCUCGCAGCCCCGGCAUACCCACUGAGCAAGAGACCCCGAAGCAUCCAUCUCCCCCCGCCGGAAGGCCCCCCGCCUCCCCCCCCGACCUCGGUCGAAGCCCCCUCCCCGCCCCCUCUCCCGGCCCCCCGAGAGGAAGACUACCUCCCCUCCCCCCCUCCGGCCCUCGACGACGCGACCGACUCCUCCGAGCUGGACGCCGCCGCGACGACCAUCUCCCCCCCGACGGAAUUCAGCAACGGACGCCGGACCAAGGAGAACCACUACGCGUCGGUCCAGGUCCUCCGCCGCCUUCCGGCCCCCAUCCCGCCCCUCGCCCCGAGGAGUCGCAGCCCUUCCCCGAAGGCGAGGCUUCAUUCGCCCAUCGAAUCUGCUGGCACCGCCGCUUCCAGCAAUUCCGCCGGCGUGCAAUCCACGCACUCGUGGAAAUUCAACGGGACCGCGCCGGAGGGGGCGGAGAACCCGGAGCGGGAGGCGAAGAAGCGGCAGCGCGUCGAGAGGAGGCUGCAGGAGAUGGAGGAGCAGGAGGAGGUCCGCGCGGACGCCGCGGCGGCCGCGGAGCACUGCGACAUCAUCGAGUUCGCGGAGAAGUACUUCAACUUCCACGAGCGCUGCCCCGAAGGGACGAUCGUGGCGACGCUGAAGCGCGGGCGGCAGAGCUCGGUGGACUACCUGCCCAAGUACGAGAUGGUGACGUAUUACAAAGGGAAUUCCAUCCCGAAUUCCCACAUUCACAUGUACGACCCGGACAACGUGAACAUCGCUUGCUCCAUAUUCAAGGUAGGAUUCGACCGACGCGCGUCCGCUUCUCGCCCGAAGACCGAGCUGAAAAUCCCCGAUCGCUCUCGAACCCAGGAUCUGUGCAAGUACAUGAGAGGGGAGCUGAAACCGGACCAGGAAGUCCAGGUGAUUCAGAGCAUCGUCGGCUUCGGGAUCGAACGGGAGGAGCUGCGGGACGAGAUCUACGUCCAGUGCAUGCGGCAGAGCACCAACGGACCCAAUCCCGAGUGGACGGAGAGGAUCUGGCUCCUCCUCUGUCUCUGCAUCGUCGCGUUUCAUCCGAGCAAGGCUUUUAGCAAGUAUUUCACGAGUUUCCUGCGGAAGAGCCUCUCGACGGAGGGGAAGACGCGACGAUACGUGCAUUGGUGCAUGGAGAAUUCCAAGAGCACGAAGGUUCAUUCCCGCAAGCACCCGCCUUCCAUGGUCGAGAUCGCCGCGAUGAGGAGGCUCGGCACGAUCGUGUGCCGGUUCUUCUUCCUGGACCGGAGGACGAAGGCGAUCGACAUCCAUCCGUGCGACACGGCCAUGGACGCCAUGCACAAGCUGGCCGAGAAGAUCGGGCUGCAGAGUCUCGACGGCUGGGCCAUCUACGAGGCGAGCAGCGAGGGGGAGUCGCACGUCAAGGCGCACGAUUUUCUCUACGAUGUCAUCUCCCUGUGGGAAAUGUACGGGGAGGUUCUUUUCUUUCUUUGUGGGGGUCGUGGUGGUGCGGGGGGAGUCGGGGCUCGGAAGCAGGCCAGGAGCGCCUCUCCCGGGGCGUUCUCGACGUGGAGCCGUCGAGCGAAGACCCUGUCGAUCGGGGACCAUCGGUUCGUCUUCAAGAAGCGGCUGUUCCGGUCCACCAGGGAGAUCUCGCAGGAUCCGGUCGAGAUCAGUCUCCUCUACGCCCAGGCCGUUCAUUCCGUCGUUCGGCUGGAUGCAUUCCCGGUGACGGAGAAAGUGGGAAUCCAGUUGGCAGGUCUGCAGGCGCAGGCCUCGAUGGGCGACCCUCAACAGGAUCACAGAGACGAUUAUUCCCAUCCCGAGGCCUUCCUCCCCGCCAGGAUCCUCGCCGUCCGGCCUCCCAACGAAUGGGCCCAGAUAUUGGCCCAGGCGCACGCUCAUUACGGACGGGGGAAGUCGGAGUUGGCAGCCAAGGUCUGGUUCCUCUCCUGCAUCAUGCAGUAUCCUCAGUGGGGUUCGUCCUUGUUUCAAGUCAAGUACCGCGGGUACUGGUCCUACGGGAACAGCCUGAACUUGGGUGUGAACAGCCUGGGCAUCCUGCUGAUCAAUCCGGACGACAAGUUCAUCAUGUCCGAGUACCGGUACGCAAACAUCGAGUCCAUCUUCGUGGACCCGAGCGACAAUUUCAUCACCCUGAACCUCAUCAAGAGCCACCAGACCGACUCGCACCAUUGCUUCGUGUUCGAAACGCCGGAGAAAAAUGAGAUCGGUUCCCUCAUUGCCAGCUAUUACCCGCCGCUCGCGCGCUGGAUCAAGGACCAGGAUCUCCCUCUCCGAAGGGUCAAGUUGACUCCCGAGGACAGAGCGAGACUGUUCUACAAUGUCAUCAACGCCCGCCGGGCCCUCAUCGACAACGAGAUCGUGAAGAAGCCCGUCGACGAUCAUGCCAGCUUCCUCAGGACCACCCUCCGAAGGUUGGGCAAGCAGCGCGUGGAGCGAUGGAAGCAGGACGAGGGCGGGGAGUGCUACCGCGGGUUCCUGCACAGUUUCUGGGCCUUCAGCCGCCACCCGAUCACGCAGAGUCUGGCGAGUCUGGAGAACGCGGAGCACGAGAACCUGGCUCUUCAGCUGUUUGUUCUCGUUCUCACCUACGUUGGCCUCUCCCAGAACGGCGAAGGAAAAGGAGUGUCAGACGGAGACCUGAUCGCCGUGAUCCAGACGAUCUUCGAGCGAGUGAUGGGGAACGAGGCAUUGCUCAACGAACUGUACCUGCAGCUGACGAAGCAGACGACGGACCACCCGGACCCGAACUCCCGGGUGAACCUCCGCCACUGGUCCCUGAUGGCCCUCGCGUGCUCCGUCAUCCUCCCCUCCAACAAGCUGGUCCGGAAGUACCUCGCGGCUCACCUCAGGCGGUGCUCGUCCGACUUUGUCAACGAGGAGGGCAAGUAUGCCCGGUUUGCGGAGAAGAGCAUGAUGAAGACCCUCGAGAGUCCGAGGAGACAAUGGCCCCCUUCCCAGCAAGAGAUCAGAUGCACGCUCAACCGUCGCCCCAUCUACACCCGGUUCCACUUCAUGGACGGACAAUACCAAGCCGUGGAAUUCGAGCCCUCGGCCUCGGCCGGAGAGGUACUGGAGCUGGUGCGGGGUAAGAUCGGGCUCCGCGAGACGGCGAAGGGAUUUGCCCUCUAUGAGGUCUAUGGGAACCAGGAGCGGAGCCUCCAGAAGGACGAGAAGCUGGUGGACGUGUUGUCCAAGUGGGAGCGAUUCCGUGCCUCCUCGUCUGGGAAGCAGAGCCGCAAGCAGCACAAGCUCCUCUUCAAGAAACACCUGUUUAUCGAGGCGGACUUGGAUGAUCCGGUGGAACAGGAACUGCUCUAUCAUCAGACCUUGAACACUCUCAGAGCUGACCGUUUCCCGCUCACUCAAAUGGAAGCUGUGAUGCUGUGCUCAUUAGUGGCACAAGUGGAGUCAGGAGGAGCGAAGGAGGACUUGGAUUACCAGGCGCUGGUGAACCAGGUCCUUCCUUCGAGGCUGUUGGCGACGGUGACACCGGAAAUGGUGCAGACGCAUCACGAGGGCCUGGGGCAGGGCGGGAUGGCCGUGUCCCAGGCCAAGCAGGCCUUCCUCUCUCUCAUCCAGAGUUGGCCGUUGUAUCGAUCCACCGUUUUUGAUGUCUCGCAAUCAUUCACCUCCAACUGGCCCCGGGCACUAUGGCUGGCAGUCGACCCUGGUGGGGUCCACCUGCUGGAACCGCGAUCCCGGGGCGUCCUCUGCACUUACGACUACGACUACAUAAUCAACUACAGCCCUUCCAUCAGCUCUCUCAUGAUCAUCACUGGAUCUCUUCGAAAGCAGAGCAAAAUCAUCCUCCAUACCAACCAGGCAUUUCACAUUGCGACACUGAUCCGGGACUACGCGCAAGCACUGCGGCCAUCGAGCACAAUGGGCUGCAGUGCGCAGACGCAGAAUCCGCCUCGGAUGAUGUCACGACCCGGGAUGAUCCAACCUCAUCCCAUCCUAGGAAGUCCCGUGGGAAGCGACAUCUAGCCUGUUGCCAGGGAAACGAUCGUUCGACGAAGAGGGAGAAAAUCACUUCUACCCUGAGAGAUAGAUGCCAAACCGUGGACGUCGAUUCGUUGUCUCGUUUUUGUGAUCUCAUAUUUUUUAUCGUUAUUUAUUCGCAGUUUUCAAUGGAGAAUUGGGGGCAUUGAUCUUCUUUCUGCACUGCACUCUUACUCGGAACAGAGCAGAUUUUUUCAUCAUCAAGCCAGUUCUUCCAGUUGUUUGAAACGUUUUUAUUUUCCCAGCUAGUUGGCAUAGAAAUCCUCCCAUCAUUUCCCAGAGAAACCCAGUUGCUUUAUUAGGCCAUGGGGCAUUGAAAAGAGCUCAUGAUGUUCACCUUUAUAUCAAAGUUUGCUACCGGGGGCUCAAGAGAAGCACAAAAGCUGCAUUUUAUAGCAAUAUCCAUUUUUUCACACACCUUGGCUUCCAAGUUGAGUUUUGCUUGCUUCCAUCGAUGUGAUUUUAAUUUCACUUGCCAAAAAGUUUUCAUUCAGAAGUUCCUUCUUUCAUUUUUAAAACUCGUCACAACAUUCGACUCGGUGAGUCUCCGAGAGAGCGAUCGACAUCACUGCCAGAAUGCGUUUCACCUUUCUUUCGGACUCGGGUUCCACGAGAAAGCCCCAGGCUGGGACCUUCGGGGCAAGCAACAACAAAAAAAAUUUUGAACCGCAGUGUGACCGACCCACAAAAAUGUAAUCUGUGUGUGCUUCUGGCCGAGACGCAAUGCGCAGCAAAAAAUUAUGCAUAAGAGUGCUAGUCAUUUUUUUUUCUCUUGCUUCUGCAGAGAAACCAUUCUCUAGUUGUUCCUCCUGUGCUGGCAAAAUGACAUGUGAUGAGGCAAAAAAAAAGUAGACUGAAUAUUUAGCGUCUAAUGGUGUGUACAGAAUUGGCAGUGAUGUAGAAGGAAUAAAGUUUUAAUUUCCAUCUCACCC